AUGUUCCGCAAGCCAAUAGAUGACGACGAUGAUAAUGAAUCGCGGAUUGUCAGGGCAAAACCUCUCGACCCGAAAUAUGCUAAAGCGCUUGGUAUAAAAGGGAGAGAUUUCGUGCGAGGUUCAAAUCAAUCACAAGCCGAAUUUUAUGGUCAGCAAAACAUCGAGAGUGGCCCAUCGACUAGCCAGCAAUCAACAGUUUUGACAGAAGAUCAACGCAAUAAGAUUCAUGCGAAAAUCUUGAAAGCAGAGUUGAAAGGAGACACGGAUUUGGUGAAAUCUCUAAAGCGUAAAUUGGAUGGCGAAAACGAUGAGGUCGAGGGUCGCACGCAAACGAAGCUUUUGAUCAAGAAAGACAAGCAUGGCAACAUCGUACCUGCAACAAAUGUGGACAUGCGAACAGACAAAUUUGCAAAGGGUUCUUCUCGGAUGAAACGGGAAUAUGAAAAGGAUCAAUCUCUCUCUGAAAUGGUACGAGAAGAGAAGACUGGGACUGCCGAACAACAGCUUCGACUCUUCGAAAGAAGUCUCGUGAAAAGUUCAAAGAUCAAGCGACAUGAUGAGGAUGAAAGCGUCGAUGACAUUGCUGAAAUGCAGAAAGGACGCAAGCGUGAAGAUGAACGUGAUGAGCGCAAGGAAAAGCAGCGUCAGCGACGAGUUCUCUUGGUUCGCUCAAUACUGGGUGUGAUAUUCGAGCGGCGGUCUUUGAUUAACGGCGUGACGUGGAGGUUUGAUCGGGUCGAGCGG